AAAAAUUUCUUUCUCAACGUGCAUAUAUAUCUGUGAGUUUAGUUAUUGUUGCUUCUAGUAUUGACUGUUUGAUUUGUUGCAGAGGAGUAAAAAAAAUACUUACAUUUUCCUGUCAAUCUUACUGCCUCUCAAUUGGUUUUCCUGCCUAGAGUUUUAGCCAAGGUCUUUUUCUUUGUGUGAUAGUUUUCGUGGUGAACUUCCUGUCGUUUCUCAUUUUACUUUUAGUCUCCUCAUGCCUGAACACCAACGGUGAAAGCACUCUGCUGGGCCGAUUCUGACACUAAGAGACGGAAGUUAGGGGAGCGAAUGGGAUUAGAUUUUUCUAUCAUUCUUAUAAAAAGCAAUUCUGAUUACCAAAUUUUAAUUAAGCUGUCUUUGCAAACUAUUGAGUAAAUCCAAUCUGGGUUAUCUUUGUCAUGAUUUGUAGGAUAGGAAAAUGGAUAUUGGCGGAAAUUCAUUAGCAUCAGGAUCUGUUACGGUUAAGAGAAAAGUAUGCUACUUCUAUGAUCCAGAGGUUGGAAAUUACUAUUAUGGGCAAGGUCACCCAAUGAAGCCACACAGGAUGCGAAUGACUCAUGCUCUCCUUGCUCACUAUGGCUUACUACAACAUAUGCAUGUAUUGAAGCCUAAUCCUGCUCGAGAGAAGGAUCUAUGCAGGUUUCAUGCAGAUGAUUAUGUCUCAUUCUUGAGAAGAAUCACGCCAGAUACAGUGCAGGAAUAUUCGAGACAGCUGAAGAGAUUUAAUGUUGGCGAAGAUUGCCCUGUUUUUGACGGUCUUUACUCCUUCUGUCAAACUUAUGCUGGAGGUUCUAUUGGGGGAGCAGUUAAAUUAAACCAUCAACAUUGUGACAUUGCGGUAAAUUGGGCUGGUGGACUGCACCAUGCAAAGAAAUGUGAGGCUUCUGGUUUCUGCUAUGUGAAUGACAUAGUUCUGGCUAUUUUGGAGCUCCUCAAGUUUCACGAGCGCGUUCUAUAUGUGGACAUCGAUAUUCAUCACGGCGACGGCGUUGAGGAGGCUUUUUAUAUUACAGACAGGGUCAUGACCGUUUCAUUUCACAAAUUUGGAGAUUAUUUCCCUGGUACAGGGGACAUAAAAGAUAUUGGAUUUGGGAAGGGGAAAUAUUAUGCUCUUAACAUUCCAUUGGAUGAUGGAAUUGAUGAUGAAAGCUAUCAGUCAUUGUUUAAGCCAAUAAUGAGAAAGGUGAUGGAUGUUUUUAGGCCUGGAGCUGUGGUCUUACAAUGUGGAGCUGACUCCUUAUCUGGGGAUAGGUUAGGCUGCUUCAAUAUAUCCGUUAAAGGUCAUGCAGAGUGUGUCAGAUUCAUGAGAUCUUUUAACGUGCCACUUCUUUUGUUGGGUGGAGGUGGCUACACAAUACGCAAUGUUGCUCGUUGCUGGUGCUAUGAGACAGGAGUAGCACUUGGAAUUGAGGUUGAUGAUAAGGUGCCAGAGCACGAAUAUAUUGAGUAUUUUGGUCCUGACUACACUCUUCAUGUUGCUCCAAGUAACAUGGAAAACAAGAACUCUCGGGAAAUGUUGGAUAAUAUGAGAGCAAAGCUUCUUGAUAAUCUCUCAAGACUUCAGCAUGCGCCAAGUGUACAGUUCCAAGAGCGACCGCCUGAUACUGAAAUCCCAGAGGCAGACGAAGAUGAAGAUGAUAAUAAAGAUGAAAGAAAAGAUCCUGAUGAUGAUGUUAAUGUUGAUUACUUGAGAGAAACUACACCUAGCAGGGUGAAGAUGGAAAUUAUUGAACCUGACGCUAAAGAUGAGAUUGAAAUGGAAUUAGACAAGGGUGUGAGGGAGACGGACGAGUCAUUGAAUGAUAUUGAGUGCUUGAUGAAUCCUACUUUACCUACAGAAGCAGAAGCACCGGCAUCAGAAUCACUACAUACUCAUGUGGAAGAGGAAAACUCGAAAAACCUGCCUGAGCAACCUGAGGAUAUGCAACAUGAUUGAAGAUCAAAUCCCCUUGCGAAAAUGACAUGUAUAUGAUUUUGGUCUAUUGUUUAUGCAUAUACUAUGAAUCUUGAUUUUUAUAUGGAAGGUUGA